AUGAAGAAUGGUUUUGAAGAAUCUCAAUGCUUUUAUAGGCGUGACUCCCGGUACCUAAGAAAUGGGAGAAGAAUGCAGCUCCAAGAAGAUGGAGAAGUGACUGAUGAUGAUGAUCACACUGCAGCUGGACCAGUUAACAUGGUCCAAAUAAGUGGGGGAAUAAAAGAAGUUGAGGUCAAUGAAAAGGCGGUUGCUGAAGUGUGCCAGACUUAUUUGACCUACCGGAAGAAAUUACGAAAUCCUCAAGACCCUCAAAUGUCAGAAGUUCCACAAGUUUUGCUGGAGGAGGAGCAAGUGAAAUAUGAUGUGCUAGCUCAUCUAAAGAAAAUUCCAGCAUUGUUGAGUGUAUAUGAUGCAGUGAAAAUGUCUCCAGAGCUUCGAAAGUCUCUAAUAUAUGCCCUGUCCAAGCCAGAGGAUUUCCGCAAAGAAAUCGAGGGUAGAAAUCAAGAGAAGGCAACUACAUGCAUGGCCAUGGUAACCUUUGGUGACAAAGACAUGUGUGCUGAAAUGACAGACCAUAAUCAGCCUUUGUUUAUCACUGGGCUUAUCCAUGAUGUGAAAAUUUCUCGAAUUCUGGUUGAUGGAGGAUCUGCGAAUGAACAACGCCCAAUGGGGAAGAUUGAAUUGCGAACCAAGUUUAGGGAUAUUGAAGAAAGCACUGAGUUCUUGGUCAUUGAUGUAGACACCUCUUACAAUGCUUUGCUUGGGAGACCAUGGAUGCAUAAUCAUCAUACAGUGCCGUCAACUUAUCACCAAUGCAUUAAGUACCCGUUGCCUUCACCCAAAAAAGAGGGGACAAUUGUGGCUGACAAUGAUCCAUUUGGAGAAGUAGAGGCCUAUUAUGCUGAUGCUCGCUUCUAUACAAAGACUUCACAAAGAAAGGAAAAAGAUGUGAAAAAGUCUGAAGAUACUCCGAAUGUCAAAGACGUUCUAGAGUCUACUCCAGUUUCAACAAAAAGAACUUUUCGAUAUGUGCCAAAGUCCGAAAGGAAAUUAGGGGAAAAGGCUCUAGCCCCAAUAAAUCCAAUUUUGGAUCUCAAGGGUGAGUUCACGUUGCCAUUAAGGAAGACAGAAUGCACUUAUGUGGAGAAAUAUAAUAAAAUUGUGGUCCCUUCUAAAGGAAAAGGGUCGAAACCCAUCAUAUUCCACUCACUUGGAGAUGUUGAACAGAAAGUGAAAGUUGAACAAAUGCCAGAAGAAAACAUCUCGAGUUUUGAGAAGCCUACCUUCAGUGCAAAAAUUACACAGAUGUUGGUAAAAGUUGGUUUAGAUCCAGGAUUCAUUAGGGAAGUCCAAUAUCCAACCUGGCUAGCAAACAUAGUGCCGGUCAAGAAAAAGAAUGGUCAAAUAAGGGUCUGCAUUGAUUUCCGUGAUCUCAAUGAGGCUUGUCCUAAAGAUGACUUUCUCUUGCCCAUCACUGAGCUUCUUGUAGAUGCAACUACUGGGUAUGAAACCUUGUCUUUUAUGGAUGGAUAUUCAGGAUACAAUCAAAUCCGAAUAGCACCUGAAGAUGAAGAAAUGACUGCAUUCAGGACUUCGAGAGGAGUCUUUUACUAUAAGGUAAUGCCUUUUGGCCUGAAAAAUGCUGGGGCCACGUAUCAAAGGGCGAUGACUGUAAUUUUUGGUGAUAUGCUCCAUGACACCAUCGAAUGCUAUGUUGAUGAUCUUGUCGUCAAGACAAGGGAAAAGGAAAACCAUGUGGAAGAUUUGAGAAAAAUCUUCGAACAUUUAAGGAGGUACAAACUCAAGAUGAACCCACUAAAAUGUGCAUUUGGAGUUUCAUCAGGAAAAUUUCUUGGGUUUGUGGUUCAAAACAAAGGGAUUGAAAUUGACCCUACCAAGAUUAAAGCUAUUGCCGAAAUGCCUCCUCCACGAAAUUUAAGGGAAUUGAAGGGGCUACAAGGGAGAUUGGCCUAUAUCAGAAGAUUUAUUUCUAACUUGGCUGGUCGAUGUAUGCCAUUCUCAAGAUUGAUGAAAAAAGGUGUUCCAUUUGAAUGGGAUCAGCAGUGCCAAAAUGCUUUUAAUAGUAUUAAGGAGUAUCUUUUGAAGCCUCCAGUACUUAUGAGCCCAAUAAAAGGAAAACCACUUUUGUUGUACAUAACAGCAUUGGAUGGUUCGUUAGGGGCAUUGUUGGCACAACAUAAUGAGCAUAGGAAAGAAAAUGCCUUGUAUUACUUGAGUCGUACUUUGGUUGGGGCAGAGGUCAAUUACUCCCCUAUCGAAAAGACAUGUCUUGCCUUGGUGUUCGCCUUGCAAAAACUAAAGCACUAUGUCUUGGAACACGAAGUCAAGUUGAUAUCAAGAGCAGACCCCGUGAAAUAUAUACUUUCACGGCCCAUACUUUCAGGGAAAAUUGCAAAGUGGGCUGUAAUUCUCCAACAAUUCGCAAUUGAAUAUGUUCCCCAAAGAGCUGUAAAGGGGCAGGCUCUAGCAGAUUUUUGGGCAGCACAUCCUAUACCUGAUGACUCACCUCUAGUAACUGAUUUACCAGAUGAAGAAGUUAUGCAAGUAGAAAUUCAGAAAGGAUGGGAGAUGUAUUUUGAUGGAGCUUCAAGGAGUCCAGAUGGCAAAAAGCAAGAAAAUCCUAAAAACAAUAAAGUUGGAAUUGGAAUUGUGUUUGUGACUCCAGACAAUGCUAUAAUCACCCAUUCUUUCGCCUUAAGUGAAGGAUGCUCCGAUAAUGAGGCAGAAUAUGAAGCUGUAAUUGCUGGAUUAGAAUUGGCAUUACAAAUUCCUAUUGAUGAACUCUCAAUGUAUGGAGAUUCGGAACUGGUGGUAAAGCAACUCCGUGGAGAAUACAUUGUUAAGAAAACAAGUCUCAUCCCGUAUCAUGAAAGGGCUGAUCAAUUGCUUUCGCAAUUCAGGAAAACACAUAUUUUUCAUGUGAAGAGAAGAACAAAUGCUCGAGCUGAUUCACUUGCAAGUUUGGCUGCAUCACUCACCCUACCAGAUAGCAAAACAAUUACUAUCACGGUAGGUGAAAGAAGGGUGUUACAACCUUUAAAAGAGGUUUCUGACUUGGUUCCAAUCUUGGUCGUCACCAUGAAAGGAGAAAACGAGGAGGAUUGGCGGGAACCAUUCAUAGCUUACCUCCAACAUGGUAGGCUACCUGAAGAUAAAGUAAAAAGAAUUGAAGUGAAACGCAGGGCUACCAAAUUCGUCCUGUGGAAAGAUGGAACGUUAUACAAAAGGUCUUUGGAUGGAAUGUUCAUGCGGUGUAUAGCCAAGAAGUGUAUUCAAGAGUUCAGAGUAUCCAGAGAAUUGGUACAGAAUAGCUAG